AUGUCUCUGUCAUUGGUUGAUGUAUUUACUUAUGCCAAGUGUGAUGUUAGCUCUCGAAGUGCCAUUGAAGGUAAGCAAAUAUUAAUGGAUUGUCAAAUUAUUGUAUGUGGCAAAAUUGAAAUGAAGAAUACUAUACAAAUUAAAGCCUUAAUUUUACAAACAUCACAUUUAAACGAUUUGCCACAUGAAGUGAAUGGUGAAUUGGUAAAUCAUUCUUUAAGUAUUAUUCCAUUUACUUGUAGUUGCAAAGCUGGCGCUUCAGAAUGCUGUAAGCAUGUAGUGGCUGUACUCCCGGUUUUGAACAGAAAUAAAAUUGCUGAUUUGGAAAGUUUUUCAUCAACUGACAUAAAAUGUCAAUGGUCAAAACUAAGGCAGCCAACAUUAACCAAGUACAAACCAUUACCCGUGGAUACAUUUGAUUGUUGCUACAAAAAAUCUAAAUAUUGA